AUGGCACAAGAAAUACGUUGGAGAACAACUAUGAAUGAUUAUAUCGUUGUCUGGCUUUUUGAAUCUAAUCAAGUCGGAACAAAAUCAGAAAUAAAUCAACUUGUUCCACCUACAAAUACGCUCAAAAUAUUUCCUCAAUCGAAUGAUUGUAUAGAUUAUAUUCAACAAGCGGUGAAUGAAAACGUUAUUCUUGUUAUUUCGGAUUUUUUCAUUCCAGAAGUUCUGCCAGAGUCUGUUUAUGAUCAAUUUCAUGAAGAUAUUCAUCUUGUCGAAGAAACGGCAAUACCAGUAAGUAUUUUAAGUUCACAAGCUGUAUCUACUGCAGAUUUGAAUACACUCGACCCAUCACUUAUGUAUUCUCAAAUACUCAAAGAAAUUCUAUUGGAAUCCAAUGAUAACGAACAAGCUCGGCGAGCGUUUCUUCAGCUUUGCCGUGAACAGUACAUUGAUAAUGAACGAGAAUUGGGUAUCAUCGAUCAAUUUGAACAUGAUUACGAAUGA